GAAAUUUCAGAAUAUUUCGUAAGCAGUAUUUAUUGNCACCAAAAAUAAAGCCCAGUUUCGUAUGGAAGUACUUUAUUCGAGCAGAAACUGGGGGAAAAUGCAAACUGUGUCAACAAUUUAUUAAAAGUAGUGGGAAUACUACCAAUUUAAAAUUUCAUUUAUCUCGAAAACACGAUAUACGUCAAGAUAUUGAGACUAAGCAGUUUGAAUCAAACAAUAAUCCAGAUAUUUGUGAAGAAGAAUGUAACAUCGAUUCCUGUCAUUCACCAGUCCCUUCGACAUCGAAUGUUGCAGUGUCACCGAAUACAUCAACAAAACGAGCAAUGGCAAUAGCGACACAGACUUCAAACCAAUUAAUAGGUGAAAGUUCUUUGACAAAAAAGAUGCGGUUGCAGCCAGACGUAGGAACCUCAAUUCGCGAAAUGAAGUCUUUCGGAGAAGGAGGUGCAAAGGCUGGAAAAAUUACGAACAGCAUUAUAUACAUGAUUGCGAAAGAUAAUCUUCCUUGCGCGACUGUGGAAAAGGAAGGUUUUCAACAUCUUAUGCGCAUCACUGUUCCGUUAUACAAAAUUCCUGGCAGGAAGACAAUCACUAAGCUCAUCGAGGAAAAGUAUAUGGUAUUGUCAACAUCUNUUAAAGCNAAAUUAGAAAAUGUAAAAAACAUUACAUUGACAGCNGAUAUAUGGACUGACACAAUAAAUACGAAAAGUUAUUUGGGAGUGACAGGACAUUACGUGUGCGGAAAAAAUAUGAAUAGCGUGACGAUUGGUGUUACGGAAUUGACAGAAAGACAUACUGGUGACUACUUAGGAUCGUGGCUCUUAAACAUUUGUGACGAUUGGCAUAUAAAUCCUGAUUGCGUUACAGCUGUUGUAACAGACAAUGGGGCGAAUAUGGUUAAAGCUGUCACAGAUGUUUUUGGGAAUCGAAAACACUUGCCAUGUUUUGCUCAUUCUUUAAACUUAGUUGCAACGCAAAUAUUGGAAGGUAAUUUGGAAAUAGAAGCCUUAUGCGAAAAAAUUAAAGCAAUUGUCGUUUAUUUUAAGCGUGCAAUUUCUCCUGCCGAUGAUUUAAGAAAGUUAGAAUGUCCUAAGUUAAUUCAGAGCGUGCCGACACGAUGAAAUUCGACUUUUUAUAUGAUAGAACGUUUUGUAAGUUUGUCUGAUAAGGUGAGCACAAUUUUAUUGNAAUAUCCGAACUCACCCAUGAUGCUUACUGCUGCUGAAUUGCAAUUAGCCAAAGAAAUUUUGUUAGUACUGGGUCCGUUAGAAGUUGCAACGAGAGAAAUUAGUGGAGAGCACUAUGUAACAGCAAGUAAAAUAAUUCCUUUGAUUAAUUGCAUUAACAACAGUAUGAAAGCGUUAGAUACUAAGUUAGUCACAGAUGCGUCAAUCCAAUUACGAGCAGCUGUAAUUAAGAAUUUAGACAAACGGUUUAGUCAAAAAGAAUUUGUANACACUUUAGCCAUCGCCACACUUUUAGAUCCUAGAUUUAAAAAAUUGCAUUUUAAUAAUAAAAUAGCGUGUUCGCAAGCUAUUCAAAAAAUCGCACAGAAAAUAAAAGUGAAGCAAAUCAAACAAAUAACACCAGAGCUAGAUGUUANAAAAGANCAGCUGGAACUUCAAGAUAAAUCAGAUUCGAUUAAUCUGUGGUCUUAUCAUAAUCAGUUAGUAAACUCAGUGCAAUCGAUACAAAAUGAAAAGCAAGAAAGCGAAUUGCCAACUGACCUGAAACAUUUUUUAAAUCAUCCGACAGUUAAUUUAAAUGGGAACCCUUUAUUGAAUUGGGAAGAAACGUUAAAACAUAUGUAUCCGACAUUAUACCCAAUCGCGAUGCAAUAUUUGUCCGUAGUAGCAACAUCUGUUCCUUCCGAGCGACUUUUUUCNAAAGCCGGGAAUAUUAGCGUACAUGAUAGGAAUCGUCUCUCGUCCAAACAUUUGCAGCAGUUAUUAUUUUUAAAUUCUUUAAGUUUGAUAGACUGGAAUAUAUAAGGUUUGAUUGCGUUGCCUAAAUUUUCCAUACUUGUACAAAAAGUUUUAAGUAGUCUGUANUUUUAUAAGUUAAUAAAAGUUUGCGCUUUUCGUAC